AUGGCGUUGGAUUUACAGCCGCCCGGCGAUCGCAAGCGGGUUAAGGUUUACGAACUGAAGGAGAAUGACUGGUUUGAUCGGGGAACAGGGUUUUGCACUGGCCAGAUCCUGGAUGAUGAACCGCGGAUAUUUGUUGAGUCGGAGGAUAAACCAGUUCGCGUGCUCUUGGAGACGAGAAUCUCUAAGGAUGGAGGAUAUCAAAAACAGCAAGAUACAUUGAUCGUAUGGACCGAGCCGAACCAAACGGAUAUGGCAUUGAGUUUUCAGGAAGCGGAGGGAUGUGCUGUGAUAUGGAAUUUUGUCAAUUCUGUUCAACAACACCUUCUCACGCUCGCCGCAAGUGAUGAGCUCUCCGACGACCUCGACAAUAUCCAGACCGUUGUAUUACCCGCGCCUGAACUUGUGAACCUCCCCGAUAUCGAUCAUUUGAUGAGAGCCGCCAGCAUAGCCCAGGCCGGCCGAGAUGCGCUGUCCAAGUGUGUCAUCAGAGAUGAAUACAUACAUAAACUUCUUCCUCUAGUUACAGUCGCGGAAGACCUCGAGAGUAUCGACGACUUGCACCGGCUUUGCAACAUCAUGAAAUCCCUUAUCCUUCUCAAUGACACCACGAUAAUUGAAACCGUUGUCACCGAUCCCGUCAUACUUGGGGUUGUUGGAGCAUUGGAAUAUGACCCUGAGUUCCCUACACAUAAAGCAAACCAUCGUCAGUACUUGUCAGACAAGUCACGCUACAAGGAAGUGGUUCCGAUCAGAGACCCCUCCAUUCGGCGCAAAAUUCGCUACACCUGGCGAUUGCAAUAUUUGAAAGAUGUCGUUCUCGCGCGUAUUCUCGACGAUCCAACGUUUUCGGUCCUUAAUUCUAUGAUCUUCUACAACCAAGUUGAUAUUGUGAACCACAUCCAGUCAGACGGCCUGUUCCUCAAAGAGCUAUUUUCGGUUUUCGACCCGCGAAACGCAGAUGCAAAGCGCAAGGAGGAUGCAGUCCAAUUCCUGCACCAAUGCGCAUCGAUUGCGAAAAACUUGCAGGUACCGGAACGAGCCACGCUUUAUGGGAACCUUAUAAGCCAUGGUCUUUUCGCCGUGAUUGCGUUCGCCAUUAAGCACCCGAAACCGGCAAUUCGGACGACGGGGAUCGAUAUUCUAGUCUCACUUCUUGAUCACGAUCCGGUUAUGAUGCGCAGCUAUAUGCUUAAAGCUGUUAACGAGAAGAAAACUCCGUUGACUGAUACCCUAAUCGAUCUGCUUCAUACCGAGGCCGACCUCGGCGUAAAAAAUCAGCUCGCCGAUGCGAUCAAGGUCUUGCUAGACCCGCAGGUUCCCUUGCAGGCCGCGAUGGCUCGGGCUGGUCCCGAACAUGCUGCCAAAGUGCGGCCGAAUAUUCUCUCGGAUGCAUUCGUUCAAAACCACUUUGACGAAUCUUCAAAGAGGCUAUUCGCACCUUUGAAAAGACUCGAGGACCUGUCUAACCCCCAUGCUUUGACCUUCCAAGCCGUAGCCCUGUACUCUCACCUAGUGGACAUUCUCACCUUCUUCGUCCGACAGCACCUUUACCGAUGCCGCAACGUCAUUCAGAACGAGCGGCUUGCGGCGCACAUCACCCAAUUGCUUAGGGCGCCGCAAAAACACCUUAAAUUAACUGCUUUGAAAUUCUUCAGGACCUUGCUUAGCCUUCAAGAUACCUUUUAUCAAGCUUUGAUGACGCAUAACGACACGUUUGGACUCAUUCUUGACAUUGUUUAUGAGACCAUGCCUCGCGAUAACCUGCUCAAUUCUGCCUGCCUUGAACUUUUCGAAUUUAUUAAGCGGGAACAUAUCAAGCCGAUUACUUUGCAUGUGGUUGGAAAAUAUGCCGACAAACUGAGAAAUAUCACUUAUGUCGACACUUUCCAGGGCCUGAUAGUUCAUUACGAACAGCUCCAGGGAUACAGUGAAGAAGCGGAUUCCACGCUUUACUCUCAGGAGGAGGUAACACCUGUCAUGAAGAUGCCACCCAGUGGACGUUGGCAAGGCGUGAAAGAAAUGGAUCCUGCCGAAGAGGAGUAUUUCAACACGUCGGAUGAUGAUGAAGAGUGGCAGCAAGAUAAUCAGGCUACGGGCACUCUCAUCUCGCAGGUUCCAAAUGGCGCUGCUUCCCCCUCAGUGAAGUCCCUGGUAGACUAUCCAGAUGAUGACGACGAAGAAAACGAUGCUAUGGACACGACAGAAGUGGGCCAAAAACAACAGCCUCAACCAGAGGAAACUUCCAACGACGAUGCUCCAGCAGAUCCGGCCAGCGACCAGCCAUCGACUCCAGUCUCACAGGUCGUGCAGGUGCCUCCUGAGAGGUUAUCAGAGAAACGUCGCCGUGAGGAAGAGGAUGAUGACGAGCUCGUCAAGCUUACGUCUGGGCCUAAACGAAGAAGCUCCACGAGUAGUUCUACCGGGAGUGCAGGGUUCCUACGGAAAAAGCGAAGCAGCUCUAUCGGUUCCGUAAUAAUUGCUGAAAAGGGAUCCGCACAAGCAGGACAGGGUGCUGGGAAUGCAGCACCGAAACGGAUAGCCAUCAACCUCAGUUCCUCGGUCAAGCAGUCUGCAGGCACGACUGACAUACCUGAACCUGCAUCCAAUUCGCCUGGUAAUGAGAACGAGAAAGAAAAUCAUAAUGACGGCGGCAGCGACGGGGGUUGA